AUGAUUCCCGCGCCAACUUCUGUUCUCGCUCUUGAUUAUCCACACAGGAUGCCCAAUCCUGCCCAAGAAGAUUCUUUAUCCGCGCACGAUUCGGUUACCUUGCCAGAAGAAGCCGAUUCUUUUGGUAAAACAGCUGAAAGACAAUACUAUCGCCACGGGUGCUUGUUCACCAAAAGAAGCCUACGUCCUAGCGAGUAUAUUACCACCUACAAAGGAACGAUUUAUAUCCAACGACUAGGAAAGGAAAGACUUCAAAACGAAGGGGAAUCUCUACAUUUUGUCAGUCAAAAAACCAAUAUCCCCGUUCCGAAGGUCUACGGUUCAUUCGAUGUCGAUGACAGUCACUUUCUUAUCACGGAAUAUAUUGAAGGCGUUGGCAUGUCCGAGCUUUCAGAAGAUCAGAAAAAGCUGGUGUGGCCUGAAAUUGAUCAGCAUCUUGCCACUCUUCACAGUCUUACAUCGAAUAAAAUCGGCGGUCCAUCAUCUGAGAUUGUGAUUCCUCCAUAUCGAGUUAUGGCGUGUAAUGAAAGAGAUGAUUGGACCCAGAAGAUAUCUAAGAGUGAGAAAUUCGUUUUCUGUCACAACGAUCUUCACCAAUGCAAUAUUAUCGUGGAUCCUGUGACAUUGAAGAUCAAUGGUAUUAUAGAUUGGGAGUAUGCAGGGUUCAUUCCACAAUUCUUUGAGGCGUCUUUUUACAAACGACUUGGACCUUCGGUUGCAUUAGAGGGUGAGUUUGAUGAUACGGCACAGUUACUAGAAUUUCUUGAAGAUGUAGGGGUCUCAAGUUAA